AUGAUCAUUGUGCUUCUUGUGUUUGUGCAGGCACAACUCAAACCUCUAAUGGAUCAACUCAGUCGGGUAAAAGACUUGCCUGUUCCAGAAUUUGGCAGUCUUCAAGCAUGGGAAGCUCGAGCAAGUGCUGCUGUCCGUGCAGCUAAUGGAGAUAUCAAUGCUGGAGAUUCUAAAAUGUCACAGCUAGGAUAUAAUGGAGUGCCAAUGCCUUACAGUGGAGACACGAAGGUUGUAGUUGACUUUAAUAAUACUGAAGGUAAAGGAGAGGGCUUUAAGUCUGAAACUGACAGUACAACUUUAAAGGUUUUACCUCCCUGGAUGAUUACAUCGGGUAUGAAUCUUACAAAGGAACAACGUGGGGAGGUGAAGGAGGAAACAAAGGUGGAUGGGACUUCAACUUCCACUGCAGCACAGUACACAGAUGACAAGAAAUCAACAGUUGGGCAUGACGAUAAUAAAAAUAUUCAGGAUGAGUAUAUUAAGGCUUACUAUGCUGCUUUACUUAAACAACAACAUGAAAUGGAAGAGGCUGCUAAAAAACAAUUGUUAAAUACACUUGCUGCGGACAAUCCUUCUGGCAGUACUUCUGAUCGUCAGGUUGGCAAGAAAUCAAAACGUGAGGAAGAUGAUGACGGUACUGAGUGGGAGGAGGCUCCUAUUGCUGGGAAUGGCAAUGAAGGUUACAAGGUCGGUGAUUUGAAUGUUGAAGCUGAGAAAGUUCCGGCAGAUGAUGAUGACGAAGACGAUGUUGACUGGGAGGAAGGUUGA